AUGGUCUUUUCAGUUUUUGCAUGGAAUAGCGCCUCUAUUCGCAUUGAAGGACCAAAACAACUUAUUCUGAAUUGUUAUCGGUCUACAAUCCCACCGUUCCUAAGACCAUUAGUCGAAUAUCAUUGCAUUAUACACGAUGCACGCAUCAUGGCUGAUAGAAAUUCCUUGUUUGGACCCGUGGUACUUAUUUGUGGAAAAAAUGAUACGGAGAAACACGCUAUUGCGAGAACGCUUUGUAACUAUGCGGCCCGAACAGGGUGGUGCCCUCAACUGGUAGAUCUUGAUUCUGGUAUAGGACAAAUGCUUGGGGCCCCUGGAACGCUCUGCGCGGGAGUGAUUGAGUAUCCCAUGACGCUUGAUGAGGAGACAACGACUGGUCCUGUUUCUGUUUGUUUUUUUACGGGAUCAUCUGAACCGCAAAGCAGAGGUAGUUCAGGAGAGUGGAAUAUCUUUGGACCAUAUAAACACUACACCAAGUUGCUAUUGACUUCUGUGAGUGAUAGAAUUGCUAAUCAUCUGGGUGGAGUAGUUGGAUCUAGCGGCGCUGUCGUUGUACUUCCAGAUUUAAGAGGAACCAGUGGCCUUGUAUUUACAGAGGAUCUUUUGAGGCGUUUUAAUGUUUCUCAUGUUCUCUGCGUUGGUGAUGACUUUCUUUUUACUGGCCUUUACAACAGAAUCAUGAAAAUGCGAAACGUACCCAAUACCCAUCCUUCUGUGAACACACGGAUUGAUAGACUUUCUCAAUCGUUUCAUUACCCUCCGAUGGAUGCUGGAACAGAACUUUUAUCAUCCAAGUUGGAGAGCUAUUUUUUUGGUGGAGGUGCCAUUGACCUACAACCCUCAGAGAUUAAUAAGUCCUUUUCAAGCAUUGAAAUACUUGUAUUGAAGGAUGUUGAAGGCCAUGCAGUUGUCGCGGUUGUUGAACAGGACGCGUUGGAGGGAAUAGUUGGAUGUGUGGGUGCAUUGCUUGAGGCGUCCACAAGACGUGAUAAAGACGUUCUUUCCCUCGCCCCAUUCGCCUUGGCGAGAGUACAGGGCGUUGAUGCACAUGGUGUGAAUCUUCUCGUCAGUACACACUCCGUUCUUUCUGAAAAGUUAAUACUGGUUGUGGGCUCAUUUCACUGGAUAACACGGUAG